AUGUCCUCCUUUCAGCAUACUUCUAGUCGAGAUUCUUUUGAGACAAUUUCUCAGACUCUUUCGUUGCCACUGCUCCCAUCCAAUGGACCUGAUACUGACAGCAGCAGCAGCGUCACAACCAAUCGUCUCGCCGAUGUCAUUGCCACACCUACUAAUGGUGAUUAUUUGGCGCCUGCAAACUUUAGGCCUCUCCCUGCACCUGUUUCCUUCAGGCCCGUCCGAGAUUCGCAUCUUCGUGGGGCUCGUCUUCUCACUGCUGAUGCUCCACCUGCUUGCCGAGCCUCAUCUGGUCUGGGUCAGUUUCUUUUGGGAAUGAAGCUCGAGACGGUAGUGCCAGAAGACUUGAGAUCUCCCGAUGAUAUAGAAACGACUCCUCUUUGUCUGGCCACCAUUACGCGAGUACAGAACAACUUGCUUUGGCUACUCCCCGAUCUUCCACAGACUCGAUUAUCCUUUAGACAGCAGUCAUGUGAUGAUCUGUCAUAUUCGACUCACGGUCAGCAACAUAGCCCUUUGCUUGUUAGCAUUCAUUCUACUAAAAUAUUUCCGUUCGGCUGGUCGGAACUUGUCAACCAUCCCCUCAUCUUGCCAUCCGGCUAUGAAGAGAUUGACUAUCAUACUCAAGCUCCGAUUAAUGCAGAUUGCAAAAAGGUUUUUCUUCCUCAGGUUUCAGGAGGCCCAACUAAUGUUACACCUCCCAGGGCUAACCGGCGGUCCGGUGAUUCAGAUACUUUAAUUUCUGACGGUGACGACCGCAACAGAUCCUUCAGUAGCACAGAGAAUGACAUCAUCGCCAGUUAUUUUCAUCGAGGUCCAGUGCGUCGGCCUCAUUCUCAUUUCAGCAGGAUGGAAUAUGGUCGCACCAGUCGAUUCGAAGGGUCUGGUACAAAGGAAGACGAGGCCAAGGCAAUCGAGUCGUCAACAGCCUCUUCGACUUCAUCCGAUUCAGCCAGAUCUAGACAGAGGCGCUCAACGUCAAAUAUGCGUAAACUGCAGCAUUAUCAACAGCCGCCAUUUUUACUAGAGAAUGAACUCAAGUCGAAUUACACUGAGGAUGGAUUGAAGCCUUUAGAGGAGUCCAAAUAUUUUCAUUUAUCAAUGGGUCGUGGAUAUGACGACACAGAACCUCCAGUGGACUUGGAAAUCUCACGGCUACGACAAGCCACUCCUGUAGUUGACCAAGAAUCGAUCACUGCCCACAGAUAUGCGGUCGCCUCCUGCCUGUCAGGCUAUCUUGCUCUAAAAGAAGAAGAGGAACACUGUCCACCCAUCUUCAUCAAUUCGCGCUGUCACCUAGGGCCUUUCCUCUGCAAGGUGAACUUUAUUGUUUGUUCAACUGAGGUUAGGCUAUUUUCGAUGUGA